UCGUAUUCAACCAAAGUAUAGUAUGGUAGUGGUGAAAGCCCCCCCAUUGUUGUAUUCACAGCCUUGGGAAUGUAAUAAGUUUUCUUAUGUUUUCGGAAAUGGAAGUUUAAUUUUCCAAGUUAAUAUAUUUUCCUUUUAGAGUUUUAGAGUUCCUUUUAGCGCCUGCUAGCAGUUUAGUCGUCUAGACACACACGUUAAUAUCAGCUACCUUGCUGUUGUUGCCUAGCAGCGGUGUUCUGCUGACUUCACCGUGUACAUGACUCCCCACAUCGCAACCACAAGCUGCCUCGUGUGACACUUCUUAAUAAUAUCUAAUAUUUGAACCAUCCAAGGUAGAAUUGCCACAGGCUACGACACUGGGAAGUCUUUACAUGUGUUGGGACUUCUUGUAGCUGACGCGUCAUCCAAUUUUUAAUAAAUUUAUUUUCCACUUGAUUUACUGAGGAUUAAAAUGAACUUCACUAACCGGCCACGGGACUGUGGCGGGGCAGUGUUGUUAAUAACAGGAUACUAACUACCGUAAAACACCGAUGAAGAAGAGGAGGUCGCUUCUGUUGUCGGUGGCCCAAAACAAAACAAAAUGGCGGCGCCCACAAGUGAGUCGAGUUGACGCUUUAACCGACGUUUGUGUUUUCCUCCGAAGCCGAAACGACCUUUUGAAGUAAAGAUGGAGGCCGCAGGAGAAGAAGAACCGGCCCGCAUCAGGCUGAAGUCCAUUAAGAACAACCAGACCUUCACGGUGCCUCAGAACGACCGGUUUGGAAGCUGCAGAAGUGUCCGAGAGUUCGAGAAAUUCAACCGAAUUGGAGAAGGAACUUACGGCAUUGUGUACCGAGCCCGGGACACCAAGUCCGAUGAGAUCGUGGCUUUGAAAAAGGUCCGAAUGGACAAAGAGAAAGAUGGAGUCCCCAUCAGUAGCCUGAGAGAGAUCACCCUGCUGCUGAGGCUGAGACAUCCCAACAUAGUGGAGCUGAAGGAGGUGGUCGUAGGCAGCCAGCUGGAGAGUCUGUUUCUGGUGAUGAGUUACUGUGAACAGGACCUGGCCAGUUUGCUGGAGAACAUGCAGACACCGUUCUCUGAGGCUCAGGUGAAAUGUAUUGUCCUACAGCUGCUCAGAGGUUUGGAGUAUCUCCACCACAACUUUAUCAUACACAGGGACCUGAAGGUGUCUAAUCUGCUGAUGACAGACAAAGGCUGCGUAAAGAUCGCUGAUUUCGGGUUGGCGAGGAUGUACGGUAUCCCACAGCAGCCCAUGACCCCCAGAGUGGUCACACUGUGGUACAGAAGCCCAGAGCUCCUCCUAGGGACCAAGAGCCAAACUACAGCUCUAGACAUGUGGGCGGUCGGCUGCAUCCUGGCUGAGCUGCUGGCUCACAAACCUCUGCUGCCUGGAACCUCUGAGAUCCAGCAGGUCGACCUGGUCGUCCAGCUGCUGGGAACGCCCAAUGAAAACAUCUGGCCGGGUUUCUCUCAGCUGCCCCUCGUGGGUCAGUACAGUCUGAGGAAGCAGCCGUACAACAACCUGAAGAAUAAAUUCACCUGGUUGUCUGAGGCUGGACACAGACUGCUCAACCUGCUCUUCAUGUACAACCCACAGCGCAGAGCGACGGCCAAAGACAGUUUGGAGAGUUCGUACUUCAAAGAGAAGCCUCUCCCCUGUGAACCGGAGCUGAUGCCGACCUUCCCGCACCAUCGCAACAAACGAGCUGCUCCUCCCGCAGAGAGGAGCAGCAAACGCAGCAAAGUGUGAACAGGAUGAAGAUGAUGAAGAUGAUGAUGACGUAGUUCCUCCGUCCACACGGGGAACCUGGAUUUGCUCCUCAGGACGUUUCAGUGGAUUAAGGACGAUUCAGAUUCAAAACGUUCACACAGAUCAGAGCAAGACUGAAGUGUUCAGUAGAACUGUGAACUGCUUAUUGGAACAAUAUAAAUAUCUUCUAUGCUUCUGGAUUAGUUCUUAAAUCCAUAUAGCUGCCAAUGUCUGUGCUUGAAGGAAACUCGACUUUACAAAUAUACCGAUGUGUUUCUCCACUCGUUUGGACCUGAACAUCGAAACAAUAAAUCUGUGCAGUAGGAAGUCGCUCGGACUCGACCUGGAUCUGCGUGGAGAGUUUUCAGAAUCAUUCAUCGGGAACCAGAUCUGUUGAUUCAUGAGGGAAACUGGAAGUAAGAGCAGAUCUCAGGUCUGAUCUGAUCGUCACUGACCAGCUUCUGUGUCAAAGUGUCCUUGAAGUCAAGUCGUGACGUCCUGAAUCUGCUGAUUGUUUGUUAAAGGAACAGUUCAACAUUCUAGGAAAUAUUUUGAUGUUUUAGGCGGCUGUAGUAAGGGGUAGAGCGGUCGUCCUCUAACCAGAAGGUCGGCAGUUCGAUCCCCAGUCUU